AUGUAUCGGGGCGUGCGGAGAAGGUCAGACAAGUAUAGAGCGCAGAUAAAAGGGUUGGAGGAGAAGGGUAAGCAGAGUCACCUUGGGACCUUCGACACGGCCGAGGAAGCCGCCAUGGCCUACGACUAUGCAGCCCGCUCCUCCGCAGAGUGGCUCCUCACCAACAUCCCUGCCCCGAAAGCUCUCAGCCGGAACACCCCCCGCCCCAGCCGCGGUGGAUACAACUAUGGCGGCGGCGGCUGCAAUGCGGCCACCAGCAAGGCUACUACGGACAGGUGGAUUACGGGCAAAACUCUGGGGUUUGGGCAGGUGGAGCACCCGCAAUGGGCUGAGCUGCCACCGCUGCCGCAGGACCUCACGAGCACCUCGGCGGUGGAAUACGGAGGCCAGUAUAUGCCGCCUCCGGGGCCGGCAGUAGCUACUCCGGCGGCGGAGGGUAUGGGUAUGGGUAUGGAUGGUAGUGAGUGUUUGGUGGUUUAG